GGAACGGAUGUAAGAACGUGUUGACGGUUCCAAUCAGGGACCAUUUCCACAUUGUCCCGUCCUGAUCUGUUUCUCGAGUGCUGCCCCCGUCUCUCACUGUCAGGUUUUACUAGAGAUCUGGUCUCAAAUCAGAAAGGAAAGUGAUUAGAACGGACAAUAUGCGCCCUCCUACAUCCAUCAACCAUAUCAAGCAUGCGGUGCCAAUAGCGACUGGGAAGAUUCCCCUACAACUUGUUUCCGCUGGCUUCAACCGAGCCUACAGCUCGGGUUCUGAGCGACCUUCAACCGCGCGGCGCCCGCUUCCUCCUCGUCCCGUCCGCCCAACAACUGCCCUGUCGACAGAACGGGCACCAAGCUCGGUAGUAGAAUAUGCGCUGACAACGCUGGACGCCCUCAUCAACUGGGGCCGACAGGGUUCCCUCUGGCCUCUGACCUUUGGUCUAGCUUGCUGCGGCAUAGAGAUGAUGCACGCCUCCAUGCCCCGCUACGACCAAGAUCGCAUGGGCAUCAUCUUCCGCGCCAGUCCCCGCCAGUCCGACGUCAUGAUCGUGGCCGGGACCGUCACCAACAAGAUGGCGCCCGCCGUCCGGCUCUGCUACGACCAGAUGCCCGACCCGAAAUGGGUCAUCAGCAUGGGCAGCUGCGCCAACGGCGGCGGGUACUACCACUACAGCUACUCGGUCGUCCGGGGCGUCGACCGCAUCAUCCCCGUCGACGUCUUCGUGCCUGGGUGUCCGCCCACAGCCGAGGCGCUGUUGUAUGCCAUUUUCCAGUUGCAGAGGAAGAUGCGCCGGACCAAGGUCACCAGGAUGUGGUAUCGGAAGUGAUUGGGAGUUCAGGGAGGGUUUCUUGGAUUAUUGUCGUUUUCUCGUCUGUAUCGCUCGAGUAGUGCUGGUCCUGACGCGAUGUUUCAAGCUUCCCGGUGCGGUGAGAGGGGCAAACGGGGCACAUCUUCGAUUUUGUGUUGGUGGCGGGUGGCCCAGGUGGUUGGAUGUUAAGGAAGUUUGGUUUGUUCGAAGUCGUUUGCCGCGCAAAUCUUGUCGUCCUUGAGAAGCAACAUCAGGGAGGGCAUGCUGCUGCAGUGGUGAUAUCUGCAAACAGCAGCCCAGGUACCUGCCCAUCCGGUUCCCAUCCGUUCUUACUGACCGGUUCCAUUGUUCCAAUUAGGGAUGUGUGCGCGGGGCGGAUGACGCCGAUGUUUGCCGGGAGGGACGACGCGAUGGCCGUGGCCCGACAACUCUCGGGCGAUGUGUCCCAUCAUGGAAGCCAAUGUGUGGACUUGGUUUCUCCGAUCUAAUAGUGCAGUUCCAACACGUGCUACC